AUAUUAAUCCUUUUCGUUGUUAACUAAGCUAAUCUGUGGUGCAGCGCUGUGGUGCAGUCAGUUGACGGUUGACACAUGUAAACAAACGUAAAUGUGUUCUAAAUUUUUACAUUUUUAAAAGGUCCUAACGUUCUUUAUUUUUUUAUCAACAAUUAAUAGCUUUCUAUAACUAGAGCAACAUGGAGUAUUAUUAUCGUGAUUUCAAGCCAUCAGCUGCAUUAACAGAACUUCGUAUUAUUCAAAGAAGAAGAAGAAUACAGAAAAUGGUUGACACAGGUACCAUUGGGGAUGGUGAAAUAACUAUGGUUGAUGGAAAUCCAUUGAAAAUGAAAACAUAUAAGGGAAAUGUAACUGUUGUGAGAAUUCAAGAUCAAUUUCAAAUUGAAGUAGGUUCUUGUGGCAAGAGACAACUGAUUAUUCCAUGUGAGGAAAUAAUAAGUCGUAGCGUACAGAAGGAGACUGUUAUUUUACAGUUUAAAGUGGAUUAUUUCUGGGAAAAAGGUAUUUGUAAGUUUCAUGUUAAUGCACAGGCUGAUGUCUUCAAUUCCAAAUUACCAUCUAUUAACAAACCCAUAUCCACAGACUACAAUGCGACUAAUAGGAAUAUGAUUCGGGAAAACUUCAGUAUCUGUCCUCGUGUCCCUCACAUUACGAGUAAAAUGGCUGAAUUAAAUGUUUUUUGUCUAUGUUGUUUCAGUUUAUUUAUUUUUUGUAAUUUUGCAGUUAAAUUUUUUUGUUUGUUUGUUUGCAAUUUUUGUAGGAAUUUUCUUCUGGAGAGUUUUUGUAGGAAAUAAUAUGAAAGCACUUACGAAAAUAAAAAUUUUAUUUUUGUGUACUAAUGAAAUAAACAGUUUUUCGAUAA